UCGGAUCCGGCGGCGCUGCUACGGCCGGGAGUGGGUGGGGGAGAAGCCGGGGCAGGGGAGGAGCUGCCGGAGCUGCCGGAGCCGUCCCUUGGGAGAAACUCCUUGAGGUGCCCAGGCUGAGACUGGGGGCUAAUGACAGUGUGAGCUCUAGAUGGUGUGAGACCCCUCCCCUCCGAGAGCCAAACAAUGGCUACAGCCUUGGAACCAGAGGACCAGGAUCUUUGGGAAGAAGAGGGAAUUCUCAUGGUGAAAUUGGAAGAUGAUUUCACCUGUAGGCCAGAGUCUGUCUUACAGAGAGAUGACCCUGUGCUCGAGACCUCACACCAGAACUUUCGGCGCUUUCGCUACCAGGAAGCCGCAAGCCCUCGAGAAGCUCUCAUUCGACUGCGAGAACUUUGUCAUCAGUGGCUGAGGCCAGAAAGGCGGACAAAGGAGCAGAUCCUAGAGCUGCUUGUGCUGGAACAGUUCCUUACCGUCCUGCCUGGAGAACUGCAGAGCUGGGUGCGGGGCCAACGGCCAGAGAGUGGCGAGGAGGCGGUGACGCUGGUGGAGGGUUUGCAGAAACAACCCAGGAGACCAAGGCGGUGGGUGACUGUCCAUGUUCAUGGCCAGGAAGUCCUGUCAGAGGAGACGGUGCAUCCAGAAGCAGAGCCCGAGUCACCUAGUGAGCUGCAGAACCCUGUGCAGACCUCAACUCCCGAGGCGUCCCGUGAGGAGACCGUACAGAGCCCCUAUCUGGGGCCACCAGAAGAGCAGAGCCUAUGCCAUGAAUUGGAGUUCCAGCCCCUGCAGGAGAGCGAGGUUCCAGUGUCCCAGGACCCAGACCUUCCUGAAGAGAGGAACACUGGAAACCCAGAGAUGGUUGCCCUUCUUACUGCUCUUUCACAGGGAUUGGUAACUUUCAAGGACGUGGCUGUGUGCUUCUCCCAGGACCAGUGGAGCGAUCUGGAUCCCGCACAGAAAGAGUUCUAUGGAGAAUAUGUCUUGGAAGAAGACUGUGGAAUUGUGGUCUCUUUGUCAUUUCCAAUCCCCAGACUAGAUGAGAUCUCCCACGUUAGAGAGGAAGAGCCUUUGGUCCCAGAUAUCCCAGAGCCUCAAGAGCCUCAAGAGCCAGAAAUCCUGAGUUUUACCUACACAGGAGAUAGGAGUGAAGAUGAAGAAGAGUAUCUUGAGCAGGAAGAUCUAAGUUUGGAAGAUCUACACAGAUCUAUUUUGGGAGAUCCAGAAAUCCACCAGACUCCAGACUGGGAAAUAGUCUUUGAGGAUGAUCCAAAUAGACUUAACGAAAGAAGAUUUGGUACAAAUAUUUCUCAAGUUAAUAGUUUAUCGAAUCUUCGGGAAACCAUGCCUGUCCACCCCUUGUUAGGGAGACACCACGACUGUCCUGUAUGUGGGAAAAGUUUCACUUGUAACUCCCACCUUGUUAGACACCUAAGAACUCACACAGGAGAGAAACCCUAUAAAUGUAUGGAGUGUGGAAAAAGUUACACGCGCAGCUCGCAUCUUGCCAGGCACCAGAAGGUUCACAAAAUGGGCACUCCUUAUAAAUUUCCCCUAAACCGGAAGAAUUUGGAUGAGACCUCCUCUCUGGUCCAGGCUGAGAGAACUCCACCUGUUGAGAAACCCUAUAGAUGUGACGAUUGUGGAAAACACUUCCGCUGGACCUCAGACCUUGUCCGGCAUCAGAGGACACACACAGGAGAAAAACCCUUCUUCUGUACUAUUUGUGGCAAAAGCUUCAGCCAGAAGUCUGUGCUCACAACACACCAAAGAAUCCACCUCGGAGGCAAACCCUACCUGUGUGGAGAGUGUGGGGAGGACUUCAGCGACCACAGGCGGUAUCUGGCGCACCGGAAGACACACGCCGCUGAGGAGCUGUAUCUCUGUAGCGAGUGUGGGCGGUGCUUCAGCCACAGCGCAGCGUUUGCCAAGCACCUGCGAGGACACGCCUCAGUGAGGCCCUGCCGGUGCAACGAAUGUGGGAAAAGCUUCAGUCGGAGGGACCACCUUGUCAGGCAUCAGAGAACCCACACUGGCGAGAAACCGUUCACGUGCCCUACCUGUGGAAAAAGCUUCAGCAGGGGCUAUCACUUAAUCAGGCAUCAGAGGACCCACUCAGAAAAGACCUCCUAGCUAGCUUCCUGUGUGAGGCGGUCUGCAUUCAGCCCUCACCCGGGGAUGGGCGAGGAGAUGCCCCUUGUCAGCUCGGGAAGACCUUUUCCAGGGAGUCUCCCUCACUUGCCCAGAUCUACGUCACCUCUUCCCACAGCUAAAUAAAAUCCCCCUGGCAGAACCUCUCAACCUUCUUCUACACCUGGAGGAGAUUUUUUUGCCCAAAGUACAACCUGGGUGGAGGCUUCUCCUUGACCGGAGUGUUCCUGCCUCUACCUCAUGGGUGUGAAGGAGGAGAUUUAGAAGACUUCCGAGGUUGUGGUUAUUAUAUUUUGCCCAAAAUAGGCUGUCGCAUAUCCUAAAGACUGCUUCACAGCCUCAAGUAUAAAGUUGCCCAGGACAGCCCUUUAGGUAUGGUAAGGGACUGGCCUCUAGGAUUCUGUCUUUACUGGGCUCAAAUCUUAAAGCACACAGCCCUGAACUCAAGGCCGGAGAUUUGCAUCCUCAUGGCUCUGCCACACACUCACGGGAUAACUACAGAUCUCUCACUGGUUCAUUUCUUCACCAUGCACUUUCCUUUGAUCCUGGGGAGAGAUGGGAGAAGUGUCUGAUGGGGGAAAACCUCGAGGCUGUUUCCCAUGGACCUUGUCAGGCUGCUCCCUUAUCCAUUGCCAAAAUACCAGGUGCCAGACCCUGCUAGAAAGGAGGACCUAGUCAGAAGCCUCUUUCCUUGUGGGGUGCUUUCCUGUUAGAAUACUCAUGCCCACCCUUCUUAGUGUUCUACCAGCCUCUUGGUUUUGCCCCUAGCACUUCUGCAAAAGUGAGAUGCAACAAUUGGGUGCUGGGGGAGUCAGUUAAAGCAUAAUUAAACCAUGAUUAAAUCAUUUACAUUCCCACACGUGUACAGGCCCACCCCUCCUGCCCUUUUCACAUGGGUUUGUGAGGGGAUUUUGGAACCAUGUCAGCUUACAUAGGUACUAUAGUAAUUACAGAGUCAUGAUUGACUGGGUCACUUCCUUUAUAUGAAGAACACGAGAAGACCUGAGACCAAAUUAUGGAGCAAAAUUUUUAAAAGCUGUUGCUGCUGGCUAAGGCCAUCAAGACUACACUGACACCCAGCCCCUGUCAUCCCCGCCUUGGUUCUCUGAUAUCAGGGAAAAUUAUGAACCCCAGCACCUGGGACCCUGAAGAAUUUACCAGGAGUAAAUGGCUUUCAUGUAAUUGCGUUGUUUGCUUUUUCUUAUGUGAUCUCAUUUUUAUGUAAUUAAGAACUAAAUAGUAUUAUCUCAUGGCCUGAUAGUAGGAUCUCUGUUGCCUGAUAAAGGUUCCUUGGAGAUGAGGUUGAAUAAUUAUGAACCUCACCUGCUCUGCUUGUGGGAGUGGCAAGGACUGGAUGAGCGUCCUCCAUAAGUGGAGCACAGGGUAUGGGAUUAAAGCAUGAGAA